AUGCUCGUUUGGCGAACAAACUACAUAAAAACUCUAUCCAUUUGUUUGGCUUCCAUCGCAGUAAUCGUCUACAAUUUUACUACAACUUCAGCUGCAACAUUCAAAAAGAAAAUUAACCAGAAAGAAUCUGAACACGGUGCAAGCAAUUAUGGAACACUGGAUGAACAAUCUCUUACCACAUACGACCAGCGCCAGAAUGGUAAACAUAACAUAAAUCUAAGCAUAAAGGAUGUAAAAAUAAUUUAUACCGAUAGGGAAGAAUUUGAAGGCAAUUUCGAUGAUGAUACCAUCUAUGAGUAUGGCGAUUACGAUUACGAUCCUUCUCAUCUUACUGUCAGCCCUUUACCCAUAUUUGGCAUCGGAUCUUUGUCUUUAAACUUUAGCAAACCACCAACAUCACCAACAGAAUUGCCUAUUUCCACUGUUAAUCAUAUUACAAAACACGCAAUGAGCACACCACAGGCUACAGCAAUUACAAAUCCACCCUCUACGUCUAAUUUAAUUAUAUCAACGACAGUAAUCCACGAACCGAGUCUGGAUGCUCAAAAGCAACCAUUUGAAAAGCACGUAUCAAACAAAAUAUUCUCUUUUGAAUCUCCCCUUUCUUUGUUUUCCGAAAAAAAUGAUUUUACAACGGCCAGCAUUGAUAUAACAACCAUGCCUCGCGAUAUUGUAAAUACCGUGAAAAUGCAACCAAUACCACUUCCGGAACGUCAUGAUCUGCUGAAUAUACUAGCAGGUGUAACAGUUGAACCAUCUAUCUAA